GCCACCUCCCCCACGUGAGCCCCAUGACCAUCACAGCACGCGCAAGCCUGGGAGAGCUAACCGGCUCUAGAGGCAUCGUCACAUAAGUGGAAGCCGACCGUAAAAACUUGCGCGGCGGCACCAGCGCUUCGAGACCGAGAGGAGCGGCGGAGCCAGAGGUGCCGAGACUAUUACAGCAGGAAAGAUGGCGGACGACCCCAGCGCGGCGGACAGGAACGUGGAGAUAUGGAAAAUAAAGAAGCUGAUCAAAAGUCUGGAGGCAGCCCGGGGGAAUGGCACUAGUAUGAUCUCUCUGAUCAUCCCACCCAAAGACCAGAUUUCUCGAGUCGCCAAGAUGCUGGCGGACGAGUUUGGCACAGCCUCCAACAUCAAGAGCAGGGUCAACAGGCUGUCUGUGCUGGGAGCCAUCACCUCUGUACAGCAGAGACUCAAACUCUACAACAAGGUGCCCCCUAAUGGCCUGGUGGUGUACUGUGGCACCAUUGUCACAGAGGAAGGAAAGGAGAAGAAAGUUAACAUCGAUUUUGAGCCUUUUAAACCAAUCAACACCUCCCUGUAUCUCUGUGACAACAAAUUCCACACUGAGGCUCUCACGGCCCUCCUGUCGGACGACAGCAAGUUCGGUUUCAUCGUUAUCGACGGCAGCGGCGCCCUGUUCGGCACCCUGCAGGGGAACACCCGGGAGGUGCUGCACAAGUUCACCGUGGACCUUCCCAAAAAGCACGGGCGCGGUGGGCAGUCGGCGCUCCGGUUCGCCCGGUUGCGGAUGGAGAAGAGGCACAACUACGUGCGGAAGGUGGCGGAGACGGCUGUGCAGCUCUUCGUGUCCAACGACAAGGUCAACGUGGCCGGGAUGGUUCUGGCCGGCUCCGCCGACUUCAAGACGGAACUCAGCCAGUCGGACAUGUUCGACCCGAGGUUACAAGCCAAGGUGCUGAAGCUGGUGGACAUCUCGUACGGCGGAGAGAACGGCUUCAACCAGGCCAUCGAGCUGUCGGCGGAAGUGCUGUCCAAUGUGAAGUUCAUCCAGGAAAAGAAGCUAAUUGGGCGCUACUUUGACGAGAUCAGCCAGGACACGGGCAAGUACUGUUUCGGUGUGGAAGACACCCUCAAGGCGUUGGAGAUGGGCGCGGUGGAGAUCCUCAUCGUCUACGAGAACCUGGAUACCAUGCGCUACAUCCUGCGUUGCCAUGGCGCCGAGGGCCAAGCCUCCGAGAACGAUGAGAAGACCCUGUACUUGACGCCUGAGCAGGAAAAGGACAAGUCUCACUUCACAGACAAAGAGACGGGACAGGAGCACGAGCUGAUCGAGAGCAUGCCGCUGCUGGAGUGGUUCGCCAACAACUACAAGAAGUUCGGUGCCACGCUGGAGAUCGUCACAGACAAGAGCCAGGAGGGGUCGCAGUUCGUCAAGGGCUUCGGUGGCAUUGGGGGGAUCCUGCGGUACAGGGUGGACUUCCAGGGCAUGGAGUACCAGGGAGAUGACGAUGAAUUAUUUGAUCUGGAUGACUACUGAGUAGUCGAGACUGGCAUGAGGAAAAUAAAAAAUUUAAAGAUAAAGAAAAUAAUAAAAAGCCUCUCGCAAGAAGAGGGAUAAAAGACCAACGCAGAGGGGGAAUGAGUGACAAUUCAAACCGAAAAACAGCAUCCAUAGAUCUAUCCCUGCCUUAGCCAGUCAUUCCCUCCCCUUGGUCGGAUUGGACAUUUCUAGAUUUUUCUCUCCACUAAAUUAACAUGAAGCAACAGCAGGACCCAGCACCCAGCCCUCAGAAUGUCUGGACUCACCCUUCUUAUACAGAAAUAUAUUUUCUUUAUUGCCUCAUCCCCAUCCUUCCCCCUCCUUUUCUCCUUUUUGUUUUUUUAUUAAUUUUUUUUUUUUUUUUUUUUUUUUUUUUUUUUACUGGCUGCUGUGUUUUAUGAGAGUUUGGGUUUUUUUUAACCUGGGUUUCUGUAGAGAACGGGGGGAAAAAAAAAACGAGUAUUAAAUUCGAACUGUUUAACACCAGUCCCGAUAUGGUCACGCCUCCCAUUUCAUGUACAUUUCCAUGUUCCUUAAGCUCCGAGCCCUCCGGCCCGUGCGGCGGAUUUCUCCGCGUGGAGCGCAGAACGCGUUCACGGUGCAUGUUGAAAAUACCAAGCUGAGGUUUGCACUUAUCCAAAAAAAAAAAAAAAAUGGCUCUUUUGUCUUUGUGGAGGUUCGUCUUUUGUCGCGGUCUCCGUCUGCACCCGAGCAUGUUUGACCAUCCCCGUGUGCGUGUGCGUGAGCGUGAAUCUGUGCAUGCGGCUGUUCGGCUGUGGCACGACCCGCAGGGACGUUUUACGCGGCCGAUCGGCUGUGGGAACCGAUGGCGGUAACGCACGCUGCUGAUCGGAUGUAAAAUGUAAUGGAGUGGAAAAGGUCCACAGCUAAUUGGGUGUAGUGUGAUGGGGGGGGGGGGGGCUAACAGCUGAUGGGUUGUGGAGUGAGUGGUGGGGCUCUGACACACACACAGUGCCAGGCCUGCGCCCUGAGUCACAGUUCAGCAGCUCAUUCCCUCGUAGGAUCUUUUCAGAUACUCUCUUCGACUCACACGAGAACUUGCCAAACAAAAUGGCGGCUUGGUUUUAAUGCGUUAACAUACCCAGAUCAUUGAGUAACUAGACCAAGCCACUGGGGGGGACUGGUUGUGUGAAAGAAUGCAAAAUGGAGGGUAGUCCAGGAGCGGAGGUGCCACCGUGGCUGCCACUGUGCCUGGUGUAUUUGGCCAUUGGUUAAAGUCUUCCUGUUCGUAUUGGCUUUGUAGGAGUGUGUGUGUUUAUCCAAGAGCAGGUGAAGGGGAGGGUGGUUCCUGCACUCCUGAUUCAAUGUUCGCUGGAUAUGAGGCGGGCCACUGUAUCAGAUCACACGCUCCUAACCGGAAGGAGGAGAGGCUCCAUUGUGUCCCCAAGGGAUUGGCUUUCCUUCCCCCCGAAAAACAUGCACACACCUGCUGGAGCUUGCUACUGGCCGGUCUGUAUUUUAAGCUUCAGCAGAACCACUGCUGUGCUAACCAAUCGGCUGCAUGGUGGUUCUUGAUUAGGUUGAUUUGGUAUGGUGCUGCUGCAGCCGUGCCGAGAACCCAGCAAUGUAUGGACCGCAGUCGUACUAUACCCUGUAACUAGGUGCCUGAAGGCUGCAGUGCAGUGGGGUGGUUGAGUCCAUACAUAGAAGAGCUCCUAGAAAUCCCAGUCUGGCUAACAAUCUUGCCAUCUAAUUAUCCCCCCCCCCAAUGUAAUUAUCUGCACAAAUCCCUCCCGUUCCACCACAACUCUGUAGAGAGCGUUCUGGUGCAAAAUGGCUGCCAUGGUAAGGGUCUCACCCCCCUCCACCCCCCCACCCCCCCCCCCUUUCACUGUAGAGUGCUUUCAAAUCCAUGAGGGGCACUAUAUAAAUUCAAUGAAUUCUUUUUGAGAGCACGUGUAAAGGACAACCUUCAGCAGAGACUAAGCUCCAGUAUGAUUGUGCUGUCAUUUUAAUCCCAGUCAACCCCUGUCUGAAGACAGAUCUUUUACCUGGAGGUUGUGAGUGUCAAAGCGUGUCGCAAAACAGCAGCAGAAAUAAUUAUACUUAUUAAAUGUUCUUGUUUGAUCUUUUUUCAUUCAUUGCUAUUUUAUAUGGAUCAGUCAUAUCUGGCCACAAUUAUUAAAUGUUCCCAUUGUUUGCAAAA